AUGGGAAUGAAGCAGGUGCCUGAUGUGAUAGAGACGAAUUCGGAAGCCGCACUAGAAACUAAGAUUACAGCAAUUUCCAGCUUAAACUUACACGAGAAUGAGGAGAAUUGGGAUAAAAUUGAGAACUCUUUAAAAGUGUUAGCAGCUGUUACCAACGGCGGCGGGUACAAGCAUUCAAUCUAUUUGGAGAUCCUACGCAAUCACUCUGAGGGAUUCCUUAGGGCUUUGAACAGUGAGAGAUCAAGAGUGAUGUCAGCGGCUGUUGAUUGCUUAUCGAUAAUAGCACCACGGCUUGGUUCACUCUUUGAUUCCUUCUGUGCCACUUUCAUUCCAACUCUACUUAAACUCACUUCAAAGAGUACUAAGAUAUACGUAGUACGCGCUAAGAAAUGCUUGAUUACUAUCAUUUCAUCUACUAGGCUACCCUCAAUCAUCCCUCACCUUAGAAAUGCUUACUCUGACAAAGCUCAGUCUUUGCGUUUGGCUGUAGUUGAAGGUCUCUUGACUGCAAUCGAGAGCUAUGACACUCAAUCUCUCAAAUCUCGUAUCACUGAUAUCGAAACUAUUAUGCGCGCUUGCGCCACCGACUCAAAUGCCGAUGUACGCGCUAUUUCGAAGCGUAUUUACGGUCUGUACACUCUCAAAUUCGUUGACAGAGUGGAUCAAUUCACUGACCCACUCACUCCAACUAUACGAAAAUACUUGCAGAUCGCACCAAGAAAUGCUAAUCAAUCUAAAAAACCUUCCUUGCCACCUGCACCAGCACAACGCCCACAGCGCGAAAGAAUAGAACACCUGGACACCGACAAUGAUGAGAAUGAGCCUCUUUCAAGCAGUACAGGUGGCCCGUUGCGACCGACGCAGUCUAGUGCAAGUACAAGCAAUACCAACAGUGACACUGGUGCAGUCCGCUUCUCAAAAUCUACAUCAGCAGCACAAUCUGCCCAAUCUUCGCAGCCUGCACCCCAAGUACCUCCACUACCAUCCCGGUCGCUGUCUUCAUCCACCCAAGAGCAGCGACAUCCGACCACUGCAACCAGUGGUCCAUCCAGGGUGGUAUCUCAGCCCACCAAACCUGCAUCUUCGUCGUCAAAAUCAUCAGAGAGGCCGCGAAGCACUACUCCUACAGCUACCACAGGUGCACGUAGGCCGAUAUCCAAGCUUAGUGGUAGUAGCAGUGGUGCAGGUGGCGGUGGUAGUGGUAGUAGCAGCACAGUCGGCUCGAGCACAAGUGGUCCUAGACGCCCAGCUGCCGGUAUCGGACUGAGGAAGACGGAGCAGAAGGCUUCAGAUCAACCUACCUCCUCAACAGCUGGAUAUACACGCUUCGCGGUGAAACCACUCCAGUCUAAUGGUAAAGAGACUCAGGAAAAGCCUACUGGAAGAACUAUGGCCGCAGGUGUACGUGCCAAGAUCCUCAAUAUCCAGGAGAGGAACUCGCUCAAGAAACAGCAGAGUGAGAGCAGCGCUAAUAAAGAUGAGGAUUAUGACAGCAACGGAGGCAAGAACAAUAAAAGCAAGGACAUUGGCAGUAGUGGUAAAGACGAGGAGAAGGAUACAGAGAAGGACAAGGUUCAAGAGGAAGUCGAGGACAAGGGCCAGAAAGCAAGGAGAGCGCCCACAAAGUCAACUGACACGAAGAAGGACAAAGGAACGGUGGGCGCACUAAAGGAGAAGAAGAAUGAAAAAGGUGCGCCUACGAAGGUUUUACAAAAGAGGAAGGUGGUCUCGUCGCGGCCGAAUGCACCGCCAAACAAGCCCCCACCAGCGGGCGAGACAAAAGCUGCAAAACCAUCCCGCAUCACUAAACCUCCAGUGCCGAAAGUUGUCCCAGCGAGACGAAAGGCAGCACCAUCAUCACAACUAGCACAACCCAAACCACCGACCGAUGUAGCCGAGAAAGCUAAAGAUAUUCCUCUGCCACAAGCUGAUGAAGAUGAGUUGUCGGAUUUAUUCGCUGGGUUUAACUUGAAGGCCAAUCAAGUUGUUUGUGUUAGCGGUCUGGGACAAUAUUGCUCCGAAAUCUUCGGCUACUCCAUCGACAUCGACAAGUUCUUCAAUAAGAUCUUCAUCGUUCCAAAGGCAUGGUCAACUGAGCUAGAGGAAAAUCUGCACACUCAUGGCUGCUGGUACAGCAAUGGUCAAGACUAA